UGCGCCAAACCUUACAACUCGUCAGUUGAUUGGUUGUGACACUCAAUGAAUGCACAAAAUGGCCGACAAUUGGUCACAACAACAGUCACGAUAGUCGGCAGUUUAGACCGUUUGCUGGACCCACUCGUGACCGCCAAUCGGUUGGCGAUAUUAUUAAGACAAGACUCGGGUCUUAUGUCAAACGAAGAACUCAAUUCAAACGCUUUGUUUUCAUCCAAACGGGAAGAAAGAAGAAGAGCCCGUCAUAUGUCAAGUGACGGUUGCGUAUUGUUUGACAAAACAACCCGAACAUCGGUGACCAAAUGUCGACAAACAACCGAAACCAGUCAAUCAAUACCAACGUGAAUGCCAGCGAUGACCAGACAACCGACGCAAUGGUACAUCAGGUGAAUCUUGCGGCCGCUUUUCACGAUCACAUCUCCUGUACGAAGAUAUCGCAACAGUCCAUCACAAACAGUAUCUGUGCGGCACUGCAGACCUCGUCGUCGUCGACGAUCACCGUUAUUGCCGAUGAUCCUCACCAGCCAAAUACAAGAACAAUGAGUCCAAUGUCUGGCCAACUGGCCAUCGGCCUGGAAUCAGUCGAAUCGGAUCACAUGUACGCUACAGACAACAAAUCGCUGGUCGAAUCGGCCAACGGACUACUACGCGGCGUCGGCGGCAACAGUCUAAUGGCCAACAGUUUGACAUCGGAACGAAAUCAGAUCUCACGGCUAACCGAAAUGAUAUUGGGUCAGUUGGAUCUGAUUCAACAUCAACAGGAACAGCUGCUCAAAAAAGAUAGACAACUACAGGGACUGAAACAGGACAGAGAGGCACUGUGUUUGAGAUUAGAGAAGAUGGAGAAAAAGAUAGCCAUAUUGAUGGCCAAAGUGGCCAACAAUAAUAAGACGACUAGUAUUAGUAGUAGUAGUAGUAAUCCACUUCAGCCGAGUGUCAAUUCAAACAACAAUUUGAUUGUUAAUAAUACUAAUUAUACAAUUAAUUCAAACAAAUCGACAAAUAUCUUAACUAACAAUCAAACUGCUAUUAAUAAUGUUAUUAUUGAAACCACUGAUUGCGGCGACCAAAGCAAUAGCGAUACUAUUGUCGAAAGUGAGACCAAUAGUAUCAUGGGAUUGGUGUCCGAUCCGAUACACUUUACUAAACUCAAUAUUAAUACCAAUGCGGCGAUGACGACAACACCCGCAGCGGCGGCGGUAGAGACGGUGGUCACCACUACGAGUGUUGUUAAUAAUAAUAAUGUAAAUAGUUCUCAACAACAACAGACUUCUGUCACCAAAUCAAAUACAACUCAUAACGUGAAUAAUAAUAAUAACUUAUUGUCUGUAAAGAUAAAGACCGAACCUUUAGUUGUAGUGAAACUCGAACCCGAAGACAUUGUGAUGACCACCUCAUCUACGGCAACCACAACAACAACUACUACUACUACGGCCAGUACGACCACAGCUUUGUCGUCGGGGCGUAAAAGUCGUAAACGACAUCUGACUCCUGAAAAAUUAAGUUCAGCAACAACUUCUUCUUCAACCACUAAAGAAGUUGCAACAACAACACCAUCAACGCCGAUGACGACGACAACAACAACAACCUCUUCAGCAACAGUAUCAUCAUUGACAACAACACCCACAUCUUCAGCCACAAUGGGUUCAAAUAAGAAACGCAACAAACGGGUUGUCAAUAUUGAUUUGGCGUCAAAGACACCGGUGGUUGUCGUCAAUAAUAAUAAUAACAAAGAAAGCUCUUGUGAUUCUUCUUCGUUAAAUACUUUUAGUACAAUUAAGAGCAACAAUAAAGUUGUAAAUAAUAUUUCAAAUGACAAUAAUUCAAUCGGUAUUACAAAUAAUAACAGGAAAAAAGUUAGACAACAAAAAAGUGAGUCAACAUCUUCACGGACAACGACGGCGGCGACCACGACGUCCGACUCAACGCACUUAACAACAAAUCAUUCAUUUAAUUAUAGGACUCAUUGUGUAGUUAAAGACAUACUGAUAACGACAAAGCCUUACAAUAUAUUCAUUAAUAACUCAUCGGACGAUAACAAUUGUGUCGCCGCCGUCGGUAAUGACUUAGUUGUUGACAACUCUAAUGAUAAUAAAGUAGUGAACAAUAGUUUAUCCGAAGAAACAAACAGUAAAAAUAAAUCUAAACUGAAUAGUGAUUUGAGUGAUAGUGAAGUGAUUGAAGUUCCCAAUUGGAGGUUACAUCCGGUCAGCAGUUGUUAUUCACUUGAAGGCACUGAGAAUUUAGACGACGAAGUAUUCAAUCGACGACAUCUUAAGCUAGAGAACGAUGAAAGACGACGAAAGAGAUGGGAUAUACAGAGACUACGGGAGCAGCGGCACAACGAAAAGCUGCGCACCGGUAGAUAUUAUAGUUCAAGUCUAGGCAAUUGUGUGGGCGGAGUCGGUGGCAGCGGCAUUGGCGGCGGCGACAAGCAAUCGGAUCCCAAAAAGGAUAACAACAACGAUCCGGAUUUCUUGUCGUUUUAUCCGGAUAUUGAUGAUUUGCAAUCACUGGAAGUAACCGAAAAAAUACCAGUAAUAGCUUUCGGACAUCCCAUUCCCAAAUUACCGUCAAAGAGCUUUACGUUGCCUUGGAUUACCGUUUCGGGUACUGACAGAUGUGCUGACAAUGUUGUUGUUGUUAUCGGAAAAUCGACUGAAAAACCGCAUACAUCUGGUCGGUCAUCCAGAAGCACACCUCAUAAGAAAAACAACUAACACUCACUCUCUAUCUUUCUCUGUGUGUGUGUGUGUCUGUAUUUGUGUCAGUGUUUGGGUUGUAUAUUACCGGUAAAGUCGGGUGGAAGGGAGGGGGGCUUAAAAGGUCAACACAAUUCAUGUUAUAAUAUAAAUUUUAAUUUAUAAAAUAAUAACUACCACUCCAUUCAACACUACACACUCAUUCACUUGUCUAAUGAUAUACAUAUUAUAAAUAAAUAAAUAC